AUGUCUGAAAUAAACGAUACAGAUUUUACAGUUGAUUCUUACACUGAAUACAACAAUGUAGAAGAAUACAAGUUACCUGAAACUGUUACUUACAUUCUACUUGUCCUUCAUACAAUAUCUUCUGGUAUAAGUUUGAGUGGAAACGUAACGAUUAUCAUUCAAAAUGCGAUGACAAAAAGGAUAAAGUCACCUGUCAACUACUAUUUGACCUCUAUGGCAUUCAGCGGCAUUCUUCUGGUAGUCUUCUGUGUACCAUUCACAGUAAUGAUGAACUUAGUCAAUUACACUUGGAUAUUUGGACGUUUCGUCUGCUCUACACUGAGCUACGCACAAACUGCCAGCGUCAUACAAUGUUCGUUUACUCUAAUGGCAUCGUCAGUUAACAGGCAUCUUGCGAUAUGUCGCCCUUUCCGCCCGAAACAAUCAGCCAGAACAGUUAACGGUAUCAUUCUGGGAAUCUGGAUUGCGUCGUUUGCUAUUCCGGCACCAAUUGCCUAUUUUUCUACAAUCGUGGCCUACAAUGAUACGAAAUUCUGUGUCGAAGUAUGGCCAACAAACACCUAUCGUCAGUCAUACAGUUCAGUCAUUAUGAUACUGACAUAUGGCAUUCCUCUCCUUGUACUGAUGGUAACAUACGGACACAUUACCGUUAUACUCAGCAAAAGACCGCCUGGCGAGGAGUGUGAAGAGAUGGUUGCACGGCGAUGUUCCGCCAGGAACAAGAACAUCAAAGUGUUCCUGUUAGCUUUCGGUGCAUAUUGCGUUUGCUGGCUUCCGAUUCACGUGAUUACAAUCGUCGGUGACGUCAAUCCAAGCAUAUAUGACCUCAAGAGCGUACACGUGCUGUGGUUAUUUGCACACUGGAUGGCCAUGAGUAAUUCAGCAGUAACAGCGAUGAUUACAAUUUUCUUAAAAUCAAUGUUUUCCUCGUGCCUGUCGAAAGUGUUCCGUAAGAGGACGGAAAGCGACGUGUCCCAUACAAGAGCGGAACUUUCGGCACGGAGAAUGACACACGAAACAAUACUGUGA